AUGUUUUUAAAAGGGUGCAUUUUUAUUUGCAUUUCCAACGAACAAAAAUAUCACAUUACUUCGUGAGUGGGAGAGGAAGGCAUCUACAAAGAUUCGGACUUGCAAACUCCAAACAACGACACGAAAUUCUCCCUGAUCGAUCUGCGACCCUACACAGUCUACAGUUUCCGGAUUAUGGCUGUUAAUGGCAUGGGAGCCAGUGAACCCAGCGAACCUUCUUACUACAUGGUGACCUUAAGAGAGCCACCUGAAGGUCACGUGACAAUCACAAACGCGAAAAACAGAUCAUCUAGUUCAGUUUACUUCAGUUGGCUGCCGCCGCCAAGAGAUUCGGUAUUUGGCGAAUUUCUUGGUUAUCGAAUUUCUUACAAGCCAAGAACAUCACCGCAGGACAAGAAGGAAAUUUAUCUCAGAGACCCGACGGUCACGAAUCAUCUUCUGACCCAUCUCGAACCGUGGACGCAAUAUUACGUCUCCGUCCAGGCGUUCAAUCCCGAGGGCCUGGGACCGAACACAACGGUACUAAUAAUGACUGAUGAAGGCAUACCCGGAAAGCCGCGAAACCUGACCAUACUGGACUUCACCGCGAACAGCAUCCUGCUGAAAUGGGCGAAUCCGUUGAAGAAGAACGGCGUCAUCGAAGGGUACAGGGUGUAUUACAUCCACAACAAUUUCACCGAAGUGUGGCCCGAGAAGGUGCCCUACGAUGAACCACACAUCUUCUACAACCUCACUAAAUUGAAACCGCUUACUGAAUAUACGAUAUUCGUGAAAGCUUUUACCCAGAAACACGAAGGCUACCCUUCGGAUUCCGUACUGGCUACUACAGACAUCAGCGGACCGAGUCCACCGAAGAUACUGAGCUUGACUUGCCAAGCGAACGAAACCAUCGAAAUCAGCAUCGGAAGACCCUCGAACUUCUACUACUCAAUCGACUACUACUACGUCCACAUAAAAAUCGGCGAGACUUUAUACGACAACAUCACUCUACACACCAACAAAAACCAACAAGAAACCACGGUGUCCAAGAAGCGCGUCACUCCGGGUGCCGAUUACCAAGUCCAAGUGAGGGCUUCGACGAAAAGCAAUUUAACCAACAGGCUCCUGAUGGGCCAACUGUCCCAACCGUCUUCCAUCUACAUCUCGAAGAAAUGCGACAAACCGAUCGACGAUUACCUAGCGAACGCCACCAGCGAACUGGGAGCCGGAAUUCUAGCUGGAGCCGUCUGCGCCAGCAUCGCUCUUCUAAUAACCGGCAUCGUUUACUUGAUAUGGAGAACGUGCAUUCGCGCUCCGUACUUUUAUCUGGACAACCCGCAGUGUUCAGUCGCAGCGCUGGACUGGAACGUCCAACCGGAACCGAACGCGGAGUACAGAGGACCCAUUCCGGUGUCCCUCUUUCCCAGACACGUCGAGGAACUACACGCCGACGGUAACAUAGGAUUCUCCAAAGAAUACGAAUCGAUCCAAACGGAAACCUGCAACGAAGUCGAGGCUCCCGCCGAGGAAUCGCAGAAUCCCGAGAACAAACCGAAGAACCGCUACCUCAACAUCAUAGCAUACGAUCACUCUCGCGUCCAGCUGUUGCCGAUGAAAGGAUUGAAGGGUACCACUUACAUCAACGCCAAUUACAUCGACGGUUUCCAAGUGAACAGGGCUUACAUCGGCACGCAGGGACCGCUGCCUUCGACUUUCGACACCUUCUGGAGGAUGGUGUGGGAACAGCGCGUCACUAUUAUUGUUAUGAUUACCAACUUGAUCGAACGAGGAAGGAGGAAGUGCGACAUGUACUGGCCUAAAGAAGGAUCCGAAGUGUACGGAAUCAUCCAAGUGAGAUUGAUCAAAGAAGACGUUAUGGCCACGCACACCGUCAGGACUCUUGGAAUUCGACAUCUCAGAGUCAACAUCCGGAACAAGAAGAAAGCAGCCGCCGCUGAGAGAGUUGUGCAUCAAUUCCACUACACCAAUUGGCCGGACCACGGUACUCCCGAUCAUCCUCUGCCGGUCAUCCACUUCAUUCGGAAAUCAUCGGCUGCAAGAGACGCCGAUAGCGGACCGAUAGUCGUGCACUGCAGCGCCGGCGUCGGUAGAACCGGCACCUACAUCGUUCUGGACGCCAUGCUGAAGCAAGUGAAACAUCGAGGCGAAGUGAACAUCCCGGGCUUCCUGAAAUACAUCAGAGCCCAGAGGAAUUUCUUGGUGCAGACCGAAGAGCAGUACAUCUUCAUCCACGACGCUCUAGUCGAGGCCAUCGAAGCCGGAGAAACGACAAUUUGCCGCGAAACAUUCCCGCGAUACGUAUCCUGCCUCCAGCACAAGAACAAAACCGAGGACAAGAACGAAAUGUGGAAACCCUUGGAGUACCAAUUUAAAUUGGUGAUGAGUUUUAUACCGAAAGAAUACCACCUGGACUCGGCCAACAAACUGCCGAACCAGAUGAAGAACCGAUGCGGCGUGAUCGUUCCCGUCGAAAACUUCCGCGUCCAAAUAACCCCGAAACCCGACCAGGAGCACUCCGACUACAUCAACGCCACCUGGCUGCCGGGCUUCCACAACCUGCGCGAGUUCAUCAUCACCCAGCACCCGCUCAAGCACACCAUCAUCGAUUUCUGGCAGAUGGUCUGGGACCACAGCGCCACCUUCAUCCUCAUGAUCAGCUUCAUCGACAACACCGAGUACGAAAUCUUCUGGCCCGCCGGCGAUAGAAUCAUCGAAAACGACACCUUUAAAAUCAAGCAAACUCACGAGAACGGCAACGGCUCCUACUUUUUGAGGGAGUUCCUCAUGAAGAGCGUGCAAGACGACUACGAAAUACCGGUGAAGAUGCUCUACUGCAACCACUGGCCUCGCCAGAUCAGCUCCUACACCGACAUUUUCCAACUACCCAACGUCGUGAUGGAGAUGAACAGGGUCCAGAACGGACCGCUCGUUAUCGUCGAUCGCUUCGGCGGCACCGAAGCGGCGACGUUCUGCGCCCUCACCACGCUCAAGAAGCACCUGAUGAACGAGAACAAGGUGGACGUGUACAUGUGCGCGAAGAUCUACCACAGCCGGCGGCCGGGCGUUUGGAUAUCGAGCGACGACUUCCUGAAGCUGCACCUGUCGGUGCAGGCGCUGUGCAACCCGCCGGAGCCGAUGAUCCGCGAAGCUGCCGCGCCCGCGGCCGCGGCGGCGGCGGCGCCGCCGGAUUUGUACGCGGUGAACGUGGGCAACUCGAACGGGAGCGUGGUGAACGCGAACAACGGACAGGGCGAGCACGUUCGAGUACCUCCUGAAGGUAUGGAAGCCGAAGCUGCGGCUGUCUGAGUUUUGUUCGUGUGUUUCGGCUCGUAGAUUGUUUAUUGGUUGUCUGUUAAAUGUACAAGUUAUCACGGUGGAUUCGAUGCCGGUUUUUUUGACAUGGUCUCGUCGAUGGUUUUCUUUGCGUUUUAGCUAUAAAUCUUUUCUUAAACGAAGAAUUGUUGUUCGCAACUAAAGCAUGUACCCCUUUUUUUAUGUUUUUUUUUAUACACAAUCAUCGCUUAAUUACUUGUUAAUGAGAAUAAUUCUGUAAGCAUGUGAACUUAAAGAAAACCAUUCGGAUCGGAUUCAUUUUUGAACAGCAAUUUCUCUGUUAUUGAUUGUUCAUGCUUUUAUAAGAAAAAAUUAUAAAGGCAUUUUCGAUAAAUUUGCUUUAAUUUUAAUCAUUAAAAUAAUUAAGUUUAACAACGGUUUCUUAUCAUAAGACAAGAUAGAGUAACUUGAACAUUUAAUGUGAUAAAAAAAAUGUUGUUGCACUUUGAUGUCGACAGAUUUUUGUCUAGCAUGAUUGUUGUUGAUGGAAUGUUAUUCGACAUUCGAUGCUAUAAAUGAUAUGCAAUUUGAAGCAUGCCUUUUGUCUUAUGAAAAAAAAUCCGUUUUGCUAAUGUGCUUAAUUCAUUCGUAUGUGAUCAAUGAAUGGAGUUUUAAUUGUUUUUUUUUUUUGACACGGAGCCUCAUUCUGAUUUGUAUGUAAAUGUAGCAUGAUUCCGUGUUUCUCUG